CCGGCAGAAGCUUUCCAUACGUCAGACGAAGCUGUCGCGUCGCACUUGUCUCCGAUACGCGAACAUGUGUUGCCGCUAAUUGCUAACUUGUGACCACAUCUAGUGUAACGUGGUAUCGUACAUGGACUCCGUAUAGUCUAGCCUAAUGUUGGGACUGAGACACCGUGGUGAACAUGUGGGCCUACAUCAUAGCCGCAGCACGAGGCGACUCCAGACAAACGGUCAGCAAGAAUAACUCCAUGCAAAACAACUCCGAUGAUCACCUCUUCUCUUAUCGUGAUGGCAAAGUAUUCACUCUUUCGAGCUCUGGCGGCCCAUGCCCCGGUACCUCUGGGUUGACUUCGCGGGAUAUAAUCAAAACCAGAUUCCCUCAUUUCAAGAAAACUUUAUCCACGAAUACGCUAAAUCCUUUACACAUGGAGGCCAAUUGUAAAAACGAGUUAGAGGAUGGAAUCGAGCCUUUUGAGGAGGCGGUUAGUGAUGUUGGUCCAAGAUCAAGCUGGAUUCAGAGGCAGGUGUCCCGGUUCGCUCGAAACCUUCGAUACCGGAUCACCGGCGAGGGUCGCACCAAGCCCCCUGACUUGUUCCUGGACAAGUUCGCAGCACAGACCUUCUCCGAUCCCGAUGAACCAUUGUAUCAAACGAAGAGAUCAAAGCUUCUUUGUGGACUGAGAUUGGCAUUUGACCCAACGCUACCAGCACAUUACCAUUGGUUAGCGGUGGUGUCACUAGCCAUCUUAUACAACGUGGUAUUUGUGAUCGGACGAGCUGUUUUCUGGGAGUUGGACAACCUUACAGUACUCUGGUUCAUCUUGGACUACCUUUGUGAUGCCAUUUAUCUCAUUGAUACUGUGAUUCAUGUCCACGAAGGUUAUCUUGAGCAAGGUCUCAUGGUGAAGGACUCAACAAUGCUCAGAAAACAUUAUCUGAAGUCAGUUUCAUGGAGAUACGAUCUCAUAUCUUUGAUACCAACGGACAUCGCUUAUUAUUGGUGGAAACCCGGCACUUGUGAUUAUCAACGAUUGCCGUGCCCUGUUAUUGUACGACUGAAUAGACUAUUUCGACUGCCUCGAAUGUGGGAGUGGUUCGAUCGUACUGAGACCGCCACCAGCUACCCUAACGCUUUCAGAAUCUGCAAGGUCGUAAUGGCAAUUCUAGUCCUAAUACAUUGGAAUGCGUGUCUAUAUUUUGCAAUAAGCUACGCCAUUGGAUUCGGUACUGAUAACUGGGUGUAUAAUCUUACCGGAUCACGUAACGAAUCUCUCGCUCAUCAAUACAUAUACAGUUUCUAUUGGUCGACUUUAACUCUGACAACUAUCGGAGAAACACCUCAGCCUGAAAUCGAUGCUGAAUAUUUGUUUGUCGUUGCGGACUUUUUGGCAGGAGUAUUAAUUUUUGCAACAAUUGUAGGAAAUAUUGGAUCGAUGAUUUCUAACAUGAAUGUUGCGAGAGUUGAGUUUCAAAAUAAAAUGGAUGGCGUCAAGCAAUACAUGGCAUUUAGGAAAGUUAGUGGGGAGCUAGAGGCUAGAGUUAUUAGAUGGUUCGCGUACACUUGGGCUCAAAGUGGAGCUUUGGACGAAGAGAACGUUUUGUCAUCUUUGCCCGAUAAACUAAAGGCAGAAAUAGCUAUACGGGUACAUCUGGAUACGUUACGUAAAGUGAGGAUAUUUCAAGAUUGUGAACCUGGAUUGUUGGAAGCGCUCGUCCUGAAAUUAAGGCUGCAAGUCUUUAGCCCCGGUGAUUACAUUUGCAGGAAAGGUGAUGUUGGCAAAGAAAUGUACAUAGUUAAACGCGGGCGACUUCAAGUGGUUGCUGAUGAUGGGAAGUCAGUUUUAGCAACUCUAAGUGCUGGGUCGGUUUUUGGGGAAGUAAGUGUCUUGGAAAUAGCUGGAAAUCGUACAGGGAAUCGAAGGACGGCAAAUGUUCGCGCUCUUGGAUAUUCAGAUCUGUUUUGCUUGGCAAAACGAGAUCUGUGGGAAGCACUAGCAGAUUAUCCGGAUGCAAGGGCUACUCUUACGGAACGUGGCUGUCAAUUACUUAGAAAGGAUGGUUUACUGGAUGAAACUGUUUUUGAAAAUGCUCAAACUACCCAACAAAGUUUGGAAGAAACUGUUCAGAAACUUGAGACAACUGUCGAGAUGUUGAAUAAUCGUCUCCAAGGGCUUCUCGCUGACGUCGGCGAGGAACAAGCUAAGAUAAAACAGCGAAUUAACAAAAUUGAAGUUAGAAUAAUCGAAUCGGACGAUGAAGAUACUGAUUCAAAUGAUACAUCAGCUGACGGUUCAGAAUUAAGGAGCGAUGUGGUUCAGGUUUAUGACUCAAGUUCCGGUCCACCUAUAAGUUCUCCACGAUCCACAACGAUGUUUACGAACCAUCCCUUACGUGAACGAGGAUUCUCACUGAGUGUUGAAAGAACACCAGGACUAAUGCAUUUUCCACCCGAACCACGAAGCAAAUCGUUGCGUAUCAAGAAAAUUCAUAAGGAUAUAUCAAAGUGAAAACAAACAUAGAACAGACGAGUCAAAAUACUAUUAAAUAUGACGCAUGCGUCGUUCAUUUUCUUUUAAUAAAUGAAAUAAA